CUUUCUCCAGUCCUCUAGAUGGUGGUGUGGCGCUUUAGUCGCAAAGCGUUACAGAUAUUGCAGUGCCUUCAGCAUCAAUACAAACAACAGUCCCGCUGUGGAAUAGCUGCGAAAUAAUAUUUUCUCAACUGAUUUUGUUCAUUAUAAACAGGUACGCUGGAAUAUUCGGAGACCCUCUCGGACAUGUCCUAUGUCUUCAUCAAUGACACGUCGCAGACGAGCGUGCCAUUACUGCAGGCCUGCAUUGAUGGAGACCUAGCAUUUGCCAGACGACUCCUGGAGACGGGCUGUGAUCCUAAUAUACGUGACAAUCGGGGUCGCACCGGCCUCCACCUAGCAGCAGCACGAGGCAAUGUGGAGAUCUGUCGCUUCCUGCACAAAUUUGGAGCAGAUCUGUUAGCCACUGAUUAUCAAGGAAACACAGCUCUGCAUCUGUGUGGACAUGUCGACACGAUUCAGUUCCUGGUCUCCAAUGGCCUCAAAAUAGACAUCUGUAAUCAUAAUGGCUCUACUCCUCUGGUACUGGCCAAGCGGCGAGGCGUGAAUAAAGAUGCCAUUCGGCUUCUGGAGGGUCUGGAGGAGCAGGAGGUGAAGGGUUUCAACAGAGGCACUCAUUCCAAACUAGAGACCAUGCAGAUGGCAGAGAGUGAGAGUGCAAUGGAGAGCCACUCACUGUUGAACCCCAACCUGCAGAACAGUGAGGGUGUACUGUCCAGUUUUCGCUCGACCUGGCAGGAGUUUGUGGAGGAUCUGGGUUUCUGGAGGGUUCUCCUGCUGUUAGUGAUCAUUGCCCUGCUCUCUCUGGGUAUUGCUUACUAUGUGAGUGGGGUCCUGCCCUUUUCUGCCAGCCAGCUGGAGCUGGUCCACUGAAAACCACAAAUGCACUCAGUUUCAGAUCUAGUCUCAGAUCCAACAAAGCUGUGUUUUAUACAAUUUAAUGAUUUUCCUCAUACAAAUUAGCUCUUAAGUUACUCUUCUCUGGCUGAUGCUGUGUGGAACUAAACUUUUAAGGCACACAUAGCUUAACAGGCUACUGUUUUUCAGAAAGUCUUAAAAAACAUUAAGUGUUUAAAGCAUGGAACGUCUUUGAGCUGGAAUUGUUUUGAUUUAUGGUGUGUUGUGAACAGUGUUAAAAAAAAUCUUACAGAAUGAAGCCCUACUUUAAAUGAAUGUACAUUUUUAUUUCUUUAUUUGUAUUCUUAUAAAUACAUGACAAGCUUUAGGGGAGUACAUUUGCCAUUGCUUUCUGGAGUGUAGAUUAAGCCAUUCCUCACCAGAAUCAGCCAAAGUUGUAUAUGAGGCAGACUAAUUUGUGCAUAUUUAAUAUUUUCAUUCAUAGUACAAUUUUUUUUUAAUUCUUAUGCACAUGUAUAAAAAUUAUGUUAAUUCUAUAGUUUGUCUUUCUAGUCAUGCUUGCUGUAUUACUUUUUAUAAUGUGUUGACACAUCUAGUUGACCAGAAUGUAGGACAGUGCAAAGAAUUUUUUUUUUACUUAUAAUAUUUCAUCUUGUCAUUAACUUGGACUUGACACCUUUUACUGGCUUGACCACCUUUUGUUCUGUGUUAGUAUGUUGUGAUUGUUAUCAGAAACUUUGUUACUAAAAAGGAUAUAAACUCUAAUUUUCUCCCCAAUAUUCAGUUUACUGUUAACACUGGUGAUCUGUGAAAAAGUGCAAAGGCUUUUAUGGCUUAAGGGCAAUUAAGGUCACAAGUGGCUCCUUUUAAAAUAGUUGUAAAUUUGCAGCGUGAGUUUGUAAGAUGAUCUCAUUUCCAUUGUGUCUGUGUAAGUGUCUGAUUUUUUCAUUCUUCUUUCAAAAUCUUCAUUUGAAACUUUUUAUUUUUUAGCCUGAUUAAUGCUGCUCAGUUUUCAGCAUUAUCUACUACAAGCCCCAAUAUUUUAAGAGACCUAAACCUGAUGUGGCAUCUUUUCCAUCAUGUUAUUACUGUAUUGCCACAGGUGACUGAGUUUGAAUUGAUCAGUGUCUAAUUGAAGGAUCUUAGGAAGUUGCUUGUUGUUUACUUAUCCUUUGGAUAUUAUGUAAAUAUUUCAAAUGUGUUUUAACAGCACUCACUGUUAUUUACUGUUGGAAGCUUUUGUUUCCUGAUGAACUAUUAAAUUACAAAUAAUAUGGAUUUGGAUUUUGUUACUUUUGUUUCGCUUCAAAAAUAAAUGUAAGAGAAAUGUU